CAAAGACCUGAUCCUCUUUAUUAUUUUUUGUUUCUUUCAAAUUUUUUUUCCUCUGCAUCACCAUCGCCUUCCCUUGUAUCUGAGGAAGGGUCUCUGUUCUGUUCUCCACUGUGUUCUAUUCACCUCUAUCGAACCGUACGGUUGGUUCCUUCCAGAACCUCCCAAAGCUUCACAUCUUCGACCAAUCGCAGUAUCUCACCGUAACCUUCUUCUUUUUCUUUUUAUAUUUAAUUUUCUUUAUCGAAUUUGAAACGAUGAAUGCGAGAGGCGAGGUCGGUUCACCGGAUUCGUUGGGUUCGUUUCCUCCGUUACGGGUUCGGGGAUCGGACGGUGCCUCGGACGAUUCCGAGUUCGAGCGGUAUUGCAGCGCCAACUCGGUGAUGGGAACGCCCAACACUAGCAUGAGCCUCUGCAGCGCCGUUACGCUCUUCCAAGAUUUCUCCGAUUGCGAUUUCGCUUCUGUCGCCACCGGCGAGGGUUUCGAAAAUUUCAGUCCGGGAAAAGGAGCCGCCCCGGAGGUGAAUCGCGGCGGCGGCGACCGGAGGAGUUUUCUGUACGGUUCCACUGGAUUGGAGAUGUACGGUGAUUGCAGUGAGGAACUAUCUAUUACUACGCUCGAUUCGUUGGAGAUUAUAGGGUUUAAUCAUCGGAUCGAAGAGUCGAAAGGGAGCGGUGAAGUGAGUGGUGGAAAUGGUUUUGAAUUGGAAAUUGAGAAAAGAGAAGAAGUGGAAGAAGAAGAGGAAGAGGAAGAAGAAGAGUUAUCGGAGGGGGAUGAUUCUAUGUAUGACUAUGGUAGUGAUGGUGGAAAUGAAAUGUAUUUGUCCAAAAAUAUAGGUUAUUAUGAGGAGCCGAAAGUGAGAAACGAGAACUCUUUGUUUAUGAACUCUUCCGUGGCAUUUGGAUCGCGAGACCUGGAUGAUUUUUUGUUGCAGAGUGGUGACAUUUCUGUCAUGUCUGAUCUGUUUCAUAAUCAGCGAAAAAAGAAUAAUGGAGUGAAUAAAGGUUCUGGUCGAAAGGAGGAAGGGAAAGAUGAAAAGGACAUGGUCAGAGGCAAUGAAGUUGAAGAAACUAAAGAUAUUGGUUAUUCUGAUGCUGUAGAAGAGGUUAGGGAUAGGGAAAUUUCUGCAGAUUGUCGUCGUGUUCGAGAUUCUGAUAUGCUUGCUAACACAGUGGAAAGUUCCCCCUCAGUUGAUUGUCAGAACUGUAUUGAAACGCAGGUCCAAGGUCCUGAAAGUUCUUAUGUUGGCAAGGUGGAUGAAGUUGAUUUGGAUCUGCUGGCGAAAGAAGUUCCUCGGAAUAUGGGUUUGGAUGUUAAUGAUGGUGGUUGCAUGGAAAAAGGGAAUGCCAACAGUGAAGAAGCUAUUGGCACUGGUGAUGCUCAUGGUGUAAAGUUGGAGCUGGAUACUUCUAAGUUCAAGUUUGAUCACAUAGGUGAUAGCCAAUUUGAUAAGAGUUAUUCCAAUCCGUCGAACCAUAUUGGGAAUGUUAACACAAAAUCAGUUGAGAGUCUUGAGCAAAUUGAGCCUGUGUUGGACAACGGAAUGAGGAAAACAUUAGAGAAGUCUUUCACUUCAACAAAUCUCUUAGAAACAAGUCCUGUGGCAUCUAAGACAGAAGACUUUGAGCUAAAUGAAUUCUAUGACGAAGUUGUUCAGGAAAUGGAAGAAAUUUUACUGGAAUCUGUGGAUUCUCCUGGGGCUAGGCUUUCCAUGCGUAACAGAUUGACUGAGCCUCAAUUUUCUAUGCCUUCAAGAGACGGUGGGUUGACUGCUUCUACUUCAAGUACAGAUGAUGCUUACCUGCUAGUUCAGCGCCAAAGAAAAAUAGAUAGGAUUGAAGUGGUAGGUGCAAGGCAGAAGAAAGGGGAUGUUUCUUUCAGUGAAAGAUUGGUUGGAGUGAAGGAAUACACUGUGUAUAAAAUAAAAGUGUGGAGUGGCAAGGAUCAGUGGGAGGUUGAAAGGAGAUAUCGUGAUUUCCUCACUCUCUACCGGUGCAUGAAAACCUUAUUCAAUGAGCAAGGCUGGAAAUUACCUUUGCCAUGGUCUUCUGUUGAAAAGGAAACCCAGAUAUUUAGAAGUGCAUCGCCUGAUAUUAUUGUGAAGAGAAGUGUUCUCAUUCAAGACUGUUUACAGUCUAUUAUCCGGUCCAGGUUUUCUUCAAGUCCUCCUAGAGCAUUGAUUUGGUUUAUAUCCCAUCAAGAUUCAUAUCCUAUUUCACCUGUGUCUCACUCUUUUACAAGAGGGGAAAAUAUCCGAAGCAUUUCCAAUUUAGGGAAGACAAUUUCACUUAUAGUAGAAAUUCCACCAAACAAAUCUGUGAAACAGUUGUUAGAAUCACAACAUCACACCUGUGCUGGAUGCCAUAAGCAUUUUGAUGAUGGAAAAACUUUGAUUUGGGAUUUUGUACAGACAUUUGGAUGGGGGAAGCCUCGACUUUGUGAAUACACAGGCCAGUUGUUUUGCUCUUCUUGUCACACAAAUCAGACCGCAGUCUUGCCAGCCAGGGUUUUACAUAAUUGGGAUUUCACUUACUAUCCUGUUUCUCAGCUGGCAAAAUCUUAUCUGGAUUCUAUAUAUGAACAGCCCAUGCUUUGUGUCACUGCUGUUAAUCCCUUCCUUUUGUCAAAGGUCCCAGCCUUGCUUCAUAUUAUGAGUGUCAGAAAAAAGAUAGGUACAAUGCUUCCGUAUGUUCGCUGCCCAUUUCGGAGGUCUAUCAACAGAGGACUUGGAAGCAGGAGAUAUCUUCUUGAAAGCAAUGACUUUUUUGCUCUUAGAGACUUGAUUGAUCUUUCCAGAGGAGUCUUUGCUGCGCUUCCUGUGAUGGUGGACACCGUGUCCAGGAAAAUCCUGGAACACAUUACUGACCAAUGCCUUAUAUGCUGCGAUGUGGGAGAUCCCUGCAAUGCCCGACAAGAUUGCAUUGACCCAUCUUCACUCAUUUUCCCAUUUCAGGAAGAUGACAUUGAAAGGUGCAAAGCUUGUCAGUUGGUGUUCCAUAAGCGUUGCUUUAAAAAACUUGCAAACUGUCCCUGUGGGGCUCAACUCAGAUUGAAUGAGACAAGGAGCUUAACUAACAGAGCAAGCCAAAGAGGAGGUGGUGAAUCAAGAGGAGCUUUGAACUUGCUAGGCAGGGGACUGAGUUCUGGGUUGUCACCUAGGUUCCUCUCUGGAUUAUUUACGAAAGAAAAGCCAGAGAAGACUAGGCAGCAUAAAGACGAAAACAUUAUCUUAAUGGGUUCCUUACCAAGCACUAUAUGAUCACAACCUGUACGUAAGUGUUAUCUGUCUAUAUCUUACGCUGAUCAGCUAUACCAUACAUUUUAUUACAUCUUAGGAUGUUUCUUCAAUAAUCACUAAUGUCCAUGUAUUCAAUUUUUGGAUUUGUCAUUCUUUGUAAAAAUAAAUUAUGUAUAGUGUGAAAUCAUGUUUCUUCAAAAAUCAUUAUUUUCUUUUACCUUUGUUAAAAUAGGAGAAGCAGAGACAAAUUAAGUGAAAACCGCUUAAUUACA